CGUCCAUCAACUGGCAAAAAUUUAUCGUGACGUUUCAUCGUACAAACACAACUGAUAAAAAUUUAAUGACAUUUUCGAACUGUGGUAAUUUUACACAUAAAAUUUCAUUGGCACUUUUCGAGAAUACGAUGGAGAUAAUUUAGUUGUGUGAUAAUAACUUUGAAAUGGGCGAUAAAGUUAAUGAAAUCCCGCGACUCCUCAACAUUGAAGAAAAAGGUUCUGCAUCUUACAUUUUAGAGAUAAAUCCGGACGUUCCUCACGAGGUAUAUCGAAACGAUUCCACGGCCGUUGAGGUUGUUGUCAAAGAGAUUAACGGACGAAAGAAGAAAAAAGAAACAGCUCAUGUAAAUACAGAUAUCACAAUAAGAAGUAGGAAUAAAGAAAUCGAAGGAUUGAAAAAACAGCUUCGUGAAGCGAAAAUCGGCACAGAAGAAGUGAUAGAAUCUUCCAGAAUUAUUACACUUGAAAUAAAGAAGCAACUAGAUAAAGCAUAUCAGCGGGAACUGAAGGAACAGACUAAGAAUAUAGCAUUACAAUUGGAGAACAUGAAGUUACGUGCACUGCUGGAUUCAAAGACGAUUUUGGUGAAGAAAUUGUUGAAAGAAUUAAUAAAUGUAAGGAGAGUGGUGAAAGUAGUUGCUAAGGGCCUGGGUUCCUCUGCUCAAUCGGCUCACGUUUCAACAAAAUCUGAUCCGGGUUAUAGAAGUUUUGAUAAGGAUUUACAACACAGCUUCCUAGUCGAUGCUCUGGGAAUCGAAAGUUUGACUUUUAAUAGCACAUUAUAAAAGUAUUAUAAAACUCGAUUGAAAUUGAUAUUAUAAUUAAUUCGAAGUUUUAUAAAUUUUAAAUUAAAUUCACA